UGGCCAAGGACCCAAAUUUUUGUAUUGUGAGGAUUAUUUUUUCCUAUUUUAGUCAUGAUUGACGACUACUGGUGAUUAUGACACAUUCUAGGUGAAAAUUAGCUAGGAAUUUUGUUGAAGAACACUUAUCAAUACAACAACAGAAAAUCCAAGAGCUCUGUAGCAAGAUAUUCUCCCAUACCAGAGUAAACUGAAGGUGAAGUGACCAUGUCUGCCUCUACUACACUGAGCGCCUCCUCUAAGCUUGAGGGUGAAUACCUGGUGUCGAGUCUACGUCAGCUCAUCAGGAACUGGGAACCUUACAUCAGGGAUUCAGAAGAUGUGGAGCAGACUGAGGAAUCCAUCAUCAGGAUGGAGGAGAAUGAUGAAAACUUCCACAAGUAUGAGAUCGUCAAGAACAUCCGCUCAGUGAUGGAGGAGAACCUUGGCCGCCUGAUCGAGGAUGAGAUUGAGAAGAGUUCAGCCCCGGGACAAGAGCAACAGCAUCAUCGAUUCGGCCAAGACUCGCUCGUCCGUCGUAUUACAGACAGGAUCAUAACCUCAAAAGAGUAUGCAGAAAUGAUGAGGAGGCUAAAGACUAAUACAGUCAGCGCCUUGGACCACAUCCACGAGAACUUUGAGGAGGAGAUCUUAUCCAAUCAGAAGUCGAGUAGUUCGGGCCAGAAUGCACCAGUGAAGAGGUUCUAUUCAUUCAGCACGAGUGAUGGAGAGUCCUCUUUUGGCAGCUCUCUCAACCAGAGCAGCUUCAUGUUCAUGAAUCAUGAACAGUUUCAAGCAAUUUAUGAAAAUCUUGACAAGAAGAAGAAGAUUGAGGUUCGACGAGAAGCGUUGGCGAGCCUGUCCCAGUUCCCGCCGUUAGAACUCCAGGGCAGUGAUCAGUGGAAUAUGCUCAAGGCUGGCAUACUGGAUGCACUGGCUGAUCCUGAUGAACAACUUUCAAAUAUGGCGCUGAAGUUCUGUGCACGUGGGUUUUCAUCGACCUCACCGAAUACAAGAGAGAUCUACACUACUCUGUUAGAAUACUUGAUGUUCCAGUUUAAUACCAGGAAGAGCACCAUCCCAAAAGUGAAAAAUGGAAUUGAUACAAAACAGCGUGAGAACUCCAAACUACUGAGAGCCUUCCGAUUGAUGAGUGAGUUUGAUCAUCACAUCCCGUCCUACUGGGUACGUUUCUCCGGGAAGUUCCUCGAAGACGUACAUGAGAGUACCCUAAUGCUGCUGUCAAUACAUCACACGUCGCCUGUCGGUGGUCCGUCCCAGAUGUCACCGAUGCAUUUCUUGGCGCUGAUGGACCCCAAAGCUACCUGGUUCAUCAAGUGGUUGCAUGGCAGCUACAGCCGUCAACCUCUACUGAAGAUGCUGACCAAGUACAGGAGCAUCGUUGAUAAUAUCACCCGUCACUGCCUCGACUACGCCUUGUCUAGAAAAAAUAAGAUUGACAUCUCAGAGAUGAUGUCUCGUGCCUCAAUCGCUGAUGGACAGCGCACCCAUUACACAGGAGCGGAACUAGAAUACAUCUACUUUGUCCACUCGAUCACGAUGUUGGGCAGACUACUGUUCUUUGCCGAUGGACGCAGUUUCUUCCCAGCGAAGCUACGAGAACGAGAGGAGCCAGUCACAAUAGUGAAGCUGCUAGUCUCAAUAAUCUCUCUGCUCGGAGACCCAGUCAGCGUCUUCCAUGCCAGGUUGGCUAACGGAGUGUUCUAUGACCCGGCCACUCUGGUAGCUGAAGUCCUUAAGAAGCUGAGCAGUGGUGAAGCAUCCCUUGAUCUGUGUUUGUGUAAGGAUGAGGUGACGAAUGCGCUGCUGAUGCCGAUAUCAUGCUGGCUGAAAGGUUCUCACGAGUCAUACGAUCCUGCUCUAUUCAGUGACUACGGGCUUCUCCUCAUUGCUGACGUCUUGUCUGCGAUGGCCGGCAGUAACCGAGGCCGACAGCAUCUCCUCUAUGGUGAGGGAUGCAAACGAUUCACCAAGUCGGAGUCAUGUGCCGCCCACCUCAUCUCAGAGUUCGCCAAGCGAGCUCUGCAGGACGAUCUUCCCGAGGGAUUUGGCUCAGCUCCGUCCAAACCUGUGAUUGGUUCGUUUGUCUACAUCUGCCGGCAGCUGUAUAACAACUGUGAAGGAUUACAUUUCAUGUACAAAUAUGACUUGCAUCAGGUCAUCGCUGUUGCUUGGAGGACAGCUUCCCGGGAUGCCGACCUAGCUGCCACCCCCACACCAUCAAGUCAUAACAGUGACGACACGUCAACGAUCAAGGAGUCACAUGACAUCAUCAUGUGGGAAGACACACUCCGUGACAAUCUGCUAAACUUUGCUGCCACGCCUAAAGGCCUGCUCCUCCUUCAGCUGACGGGAGCCACGAAUGAGUGUGUGUCGUACAUGUACACAAGAUAUGCUAAGAAGCUGCAGGUCAGCAAGUGUGAGAAGUUUGGCUAUGGUACCAUGUUGACACAAGUGGCAUCAACGUCUCCUGGUAUGGCCGCACUACAGAAUACGGGUUUCGUCAAGGCUCUUCUUGGGGAAAUGUGGUCCAUCCUUGAAUGCGCUGAUGAGUUCAAAGUUGUGUAUACACCGAAGACCUGGCCGGUUCAGCCGAUUGACAGGGCAGCACAUAAGCCUCUGGUCAGCCUGUUGAACCUGCUCUCCUCUUACCCGGCCGUCUAUGAAGUCCUCGCUGGCCAGGUGCUGCCAUCCAAGGCCGAGUACAACACGAGGGAGAGACCUAGCACAAUUGUGGACCUACUUGACCGCUUGGUGAUGGUGGACACCCAAGCGAAGGUACGCUCUCUCUUUAACUAUGAGCAGUCACACGUCUUCGGGUUGCGACUGUUGAGUGCAUUGAUCUCUUGUCUCGAUACCUUUCUCUUGUUGGAGACGCAGUUCAAGUUCAUGAAUUAUCUCCUCGCCGACCAGACGACAAAUGUCUCAGAAAGCGACAGCAGUCCUGCUAUCAUCAUCGACAUGUUGUCAGUGGAGAGGAACUAUAUCCUUGUCAAGGGGUGGACGAUCGGUGGGCCGUCAGAGAGGAUACUGCCAUCCAAGAACCUCCUUGAGGAUAAAGGCAACCCAUAUCCAUUCCCUAUGGUCACCAAGUUCCCCAUUCCGAGAGAUUAUCUGCCAACGAUGGCUGGAAGGACAGCUCUCAAAACUGAUAACGAGCUUGGCAAGUUGUUACUUGACACAAGGAAAGGUGAACAUGGUCCAGGAUGGUUUGAGAAAUGCAAGAAGGCGUUCUGUAGUAUUCUCACCACCAAACCUGAUCAGGCCAAGGGUGGGCUUCUACAAGACUUGCUGGACAAGUCAGUCGUUGUGAUCGCACAAUCAAAAGAAGACGCCAUCUUCCCUCUGGUGGAGUACUCGGCCUCGGAGCAGGUGAUAAAGAGUCAGAAACUCAGCGCCGUCCAGCAGCAAGGCAUCCAUCUUGCCACCAGAUAUGGGCUGCACUUGAAGAUCCUCAACGCAUCGAAUACCGCCCAAGAGAAGUUUUCAUCCUACAUGAAAACUGUUCAGCAUUUCCUUCAUCAGCAGCAGAAGCCAAACAAGGCAUGUCCUUAUCGUUUCCAACAAGGAGACUACCCCGGCUUCGACUGGUUUGCUGCCACAAUCUUCUUGAUGAUGAAUGGCCACAAGGAGCGCGCCUGGAAGGUCUUACAUAAGAUAUCCUGCCUCAUUCACUCGGCGUAUCUCUGGAUGAGACGUCUGCAUAACUCGGCUCAGCUGAGCCCCGAGAUCGCUGCCAGUGGUAUCCCUCCUGUCUGCUCUGCUACAGGUCACCAUAUCGAGCUACUCCUCCAAGCUGAGGUGCCUGGUGUCUCAUCAGCCUUCAGGAUGUCAGGAUAUACCCCAUCUCAGAUCUGUCAGCACUGGGUACGUCAGUGUUUUUGGAGUUACCUCGACUGGAUGGACAUCUGUCACUACGUGUUAGUCUGUUUAAUCAUGGGCGUCGACUACCAGGUCUACAUCUGUGUGGCCAUCUUGAAACACCUCCAGCCUGACAUACUGCUUCACAUGCAACAUCAGAAUCUCAUUCUGUUUCUAAAGGAAACGCCAAUCAAGGGAUUCAAGGUCGGCGACUACCUCGAGUUCAUGCAGCAGCUCGAGAAGAAAUACCGCCACAUUGUGCUGCCUGAUAUACGUCAAUUGAGGAGGGCUUGAACAUUGUAUUGCCGAGGUCUUUCAAGACUGCCACCUCCAUUGAUUGUUUUGGUCUGAUUAUGUCAUUGUUUAUGUUGUAGAGAGGACAGAAUGUCAACAAUCUGAAAUUGUCUGGUCUCAGAUUGGAGCGAGUACGUCUCAUAUCAGCGUUGCCUUAUUGGUUAAUGUUGGACAGGUCAUGAGCAUGUCCCGGGCAUGAUUCAUGGGAGUCCAAUGUUUCUCUUAAAAUUCUGCACUUCAGAAGAGAUUGCAAAUAAUGCCAGCUUGGCUCCAAGGGAGGAAAGACUAUAUGACCUUUUCCUGUGGAUGGGACCCGGAGCAGUUCCUGGAGUUCAAGAGGGAGGAGUAUUGCCCCGCAGUGAGGAAUCAUCUCAGGUAGAGGGCUGGGCUCACAGCUGUCGACACGUGAGUCAGGAGGUCACAGUGUUGUAGAGGAGAUCAUUUGUUAGAUUAGUCAAAGACCAGUCUUUUGUUUUAUAAUGUAAUGUAAUGACUAUUAUCAAUAGGCCAGUGAUCUCUUGGCUGGAAGACCAUCUGCCACCAUUUCGUGUUGUAAAUACCUAAUUUAUUUUGUACUGUACAUUAAUCAUCAUGAUGCCAAAGUUGGGUGAGUCCUGAUAUAAACUUGUGUAUUUACCAUAUGAAUGUACCUGUCAGUACGUUGUGAUUACUUGAGAAUAUAUGAGUCUUAUUCUAAGCAGUUGUUAUCACUUU